AUGUAAUAAUAUCAUAGAACCUUCAAAUCAAAGGCUUCUGCUGAUAGAAAUCUUAUUGUACGUUCAACCCUCAAACUUCCUUAAAUUAGGUAUUAUGUUCCAAAACCACAAAAGCAUUGGAAUGAUGAAUAUUCCCACAAGAUCUUCUGAGCAUAUACGUAGUUCUCGUUUACAUACAAAAACUAAGACAUUUAUUAAACCAAAGGAACGACCAUAAUUCAAAUAAUUUCCAACUGAAAAAACUAUGCUUACAUUAGGAUCUCUCAAUUCUCCAAGGUCUGAAGAUGAAGGAGAUUCAACUCAUAAAAGUUAGUUUUCUUUUCGUAGAACUGUUAUAGAUACAUUAUCAUUAAGAUAAUCUAGAAGAACAAGUGUUGAAAAGGAAAGGUAUAUAGAGGAUAAAAGGAUUGAAAAUGAUAAAUCUCCUGACAAAUAAGCUUUAGAAGAAGAAAUAAAAGAUCCUACUCUAGAAGAGCAUGAAAUUAGACCAAAAAAAGAAUCACAAUCUAUUAGACCUAAAAAUGAAAGUGUAUCAUCCUAAUUCACUUAGCUUACAGAUGAAAUUCAUUCUGUUUGGGAUAAUAUGGAUUUAUACUUAAGAGGUGUUCAAUUUGAUGAUUUUGAUCAUUAAAAUUAAUUACAAUCCUUUCUAUAAUUGUAUAAAAUGAGAAGUGGUGGCUUUCCUGUAUUUUAUGAUAAAUAUCAUAUAGGGUGCAAAAGAAAAUCUGUAAAAUGAAGAAGUAAUUAGAAGAGCAGUUGAAUAUGCAAAAGGUAAUAGAUAAGUAUUUAAGAAAUAUUUUCCAACUAAAUAAGUAGUAUUUGAAAAUGAGGAAGACUAUACAUAAAAUUAUGAUGUUAAUGCAGAUGCAAAUUUUUAAAAAUUUCAAAUUUAUCUAAAGAAUUAUAAUUAGUAAUCAUGA